AUGGAAAAGACCAAUGAAGGAGCCCAAAAUAAAACAAAAGUGAUGGAAUUCAUUCUUCUUGGCUUCCCUGGACCUCAUUAUCUAAAAAUGCUCAUUUUUAUAAUCUUUCUUAUCAUGUACAGUCUAACCAUUUUGGGAAAUAUGGCCAUUAUCAUUCUCGUAACCACAACUCAGUGUCUCCACACUCCCAUGUACUUCUUCCUUUGCAAUCUCUCCUUCCUGGAAAUAUGGUAUACAACAGCCUCUGUUCCAAAGACCCUGGCCACCAUUCUUGGAUGGAAUAAAACCAUCUCUUUCAUUGGUUGCAUUCUGCAGAUGUACUUUGUUUUUGCCUUGGGAUGCACAGAAUAUUUCCUGCUGUCUGUCAUGGCUUAUGAUCGAUAUUUGGCCAUAUGUUAUCCACUGCACUACACCACUACCAUGAACUUCCAUUUGUCUAGCAAGCUAGCAGCUGGCUCUUGGCUAAGCGGAUUCAUCAUUAUUUCCAUACCAGCUUUUCUGAUCUCAAGAUUGACCUUUUGUGGACCUAGUGUGAUUAAUCACUUCUUUUGCAACAUUGAUUCCUGGAUAGUUCUGGCCUGCAGCAGCACCUUUGAUGUUGAAAUGGCAGCCUUUGUCAUAUCCAUCUUUGUUAUAUUGGGACCCUGUGUGAUAACUCUACUUUCCUAUGUUUAUAUCAUCUCCACCAUACUACGCAUCCCUUCAGCCAAAGGACAGCAAAAGGCCUUUUCUACGUGUUCCUCCCAUCUUGCAGUUGUGGUGAUUUGGUAUGGUUCCACCAUUUUUCUCUUUGUUAAGCCUUCUAAACGGACCUCUUUAGAAAUUACCAAAAUAGUGAACAUUUUGAACACAAUCGUGACUCCCUUGCUGAAUCCCUUUAUUUACACACUAAGGAACAAAGAUGUAAAGGAAGCAUUUAGACAUUCUUUGCAUUGGCAUUAA